AUGGCCGGAAUCGGGGACUUCUUUCUCCUCUUGAUCUGGCUUCCCGUUUCUCUCGCACUCUCGCUCACGGUGUCAGUCCCUCUUACGGGAGCUUUGGUUAGGCUCCGAGCGAACUACAACCCCAAAGCGCUUCAACUCGACACAGAGGGGAAUGUCAGUGUGCAUACAGGCCCAGUCGUCACUUCGUUCUUCGGAAUGCUGAGGCGUGUAUACCGCAUUGAGGGUUGGGCCGGCUUGUACAAGGGCCUCAUGCCCACCGCUCUAUCCACGUCGGUGGUCACUUUGUUCGCCGUCCUUACGCUGGACAGCCGCCAAAUUGCCCGCCAUGGGCGCGUUGACCCCGGUCCCGAGUCCAGUCUGCUUGCGAUGUUUAUGUUCGCCGUCUUCGGCAUGAUCAUCGCUCUACCGGCUGCUAUAAUCACCUACCGAGCCAUUGUAACGCCGUACCGACUCCCAUACCUCCGACCCAUGUUUUCUCUCCGCAUCCUCCUUACGCCAACGGAGCGCCGUCGUCCAUGGGUGUUGUACUUCACUCCCGGGCUUCUUUUGACCGAAGUUUUCCACAUCGCCUACACCGUGAUCAUACUGCAAGGAUCCCGAGCUCUGCUGCUAGGCGGCGAGACGUUUUCGCCGUUCAAGUUCGGUGUAUACGUCGCCAUUGAGAUGCUCAGCGUUGCUAUCAUCUGCCCCUUGGAAGUCAUGGCCACGAAGCUCGCUAUCCAACGCAAUCACUCGGCGUCCGAGUAUAACUCUGUGGAGCAAGAAGUGGAAGAUGAUGCCAUUGAGGCGCCGGAGUAUGCCGAGUACUCCGGACAAGAGGAGGAUGUGAUUGGGCUUCGUCACGAGAAGGACCCUUACGUCGGGUUCGUGGACUGCGUCAAGUGCAUCAUAGACGAGGAAGGAUGGCAGACGCUGUAUCGCGCUUGGUGGGUUUCGAUGGCUGCCGCGAUCCUGUCCGCGGUGGCGGCGGGUGUGGUGGCCGUAGACCCAUAUGGCACAGGUGCAGGUGCCGGCAACUAA